UGUUGUAAUUCUAGUUGACUAGUUCCUGGUGGCUGUGCACUUCAGAUUCUUACGGGACGAUGGAUAAUACCUACAUAUCUAAACAAUACGGACGACGCUCAAAUCUCAGGAGACUUUUGUUGCUGCUGUUUCUGGCAGGCCUUCAGCCAGCGCUGUCUACAGAUGAAGAGAAACCUGAACUAGAUGACGACGAUAAGGACGGAGAGAAACUCAACUGUACGAUUGUCGGUCCGGACUACGUGACUGUGGGUGUGCCGAGCAGCGUCGAGUGUGUUUCCAACUGUCCUACAUGCACCUUUUCCAUGUCUCUGGAUGGACAGAGUGCCCAGGGUCAGGGCAACGAGCUCGCCUUCACUGUUAACAGCUGGGCGGAGGCCUUAACGGUGACGUGUACAGCCACACGUGACCAUACAGGGCUGACUGCCACGACGACUAAGCAACUUCGAGUGUUAGCUGGACCCGCCAACGUUUCCAUCACAGGACCCGAUAUGAUGCACCCAUCAGUGAGCCACACCUACAGCUGCCACGCCUACUGCCGGCCAUCUUGUAGCUACGCCUGGAGGACGGGUAAAGGCCCAUGGAUUAGCGGACAAGGGAAUGUCAUUUCUAUCACUCCUCAGGAGACGGACAGCUCCAAAAUGCUCGUCUGCAAAGCCAUCAACAGUGUGUCUGGGCUGUUUGUCGCUGCGACUCGAAACAUAGCGGUGACAUCUGGUCCAUCAAAUGUUCAGAUCAAAGGCCCAGACGUAAUAGACAUUGCAGAAACGUAUAAGUUUGUGUGCACCGCUGACUGUCUGCCUUCUUGCCGCUACGUGUCGUCUGUGGACAGUCAGACCGUGAGGGGCAACGUGAUCGAGAUGACCUUGGAUUACCCUCUAAAAUCUGUCACUCUCAAGUGUGAGGCCCAAAACACAGCUUCAAAGAGGACAGCUACAGCCGUAAAGACUGUACAAAUAACAGGGUCGGAUCGCAACCCAUCCACUCGUCCUGAAGAGACCUCAGCCGUGCUGCUGCUGCUGGCCUUUAUGUUUUCUGCUCUACUGUAGCGGUGUAUGAUCCAGCAACAUGUUUUAGUUGCUUUUUAAAUGAUAUUCUUAAUUUUAUGCAUCUCAACAUAUUACUUCUAUUAUUAAUAUUAAUACUGUUAAUUGUAGUUUGUUUUAUUGUAUUUCUUAUCAUUUGGUACAUUUAUUUUAGAUGUAAUAUCAGGUACAGACUUGUUGUUUUUACCAUCAUAAAAAUAAUUUCUCUCUCUGUCUUUGUCUCCGUCUGUCUGAUCUUUCUUUCUGUGAAUAACUUUGAAAAAAGGGUAGUUGAACUGUGGAGAGUUACUGACUCAUGUCCCGGUAAUCUCACGCUGCAUUCUUUCCCCAUUAGUGUCGUAUGUUGACAGUAGGCUGAACCCUGUUUGAACUUUCUAGUGAGAGGUGUGGAAAAGCACUUCAACGUCAAAGUGUGCUCAUGUAAAUGUCAGAAUUUGUUGACUAUUUGUAAGAUUAUUCCACGUUGAUACAUUUGAAAUGUCGAUGUCUAUACAUAAAUAAAAUGCACUGAUGACUUAA